AUGGCAGAGGAGUACAAGUAUGAGUUCUUCAACGUCACGUUCCCGGCGGAGUACGUUGCGCAUGUCGAGAUCAAUCGACCGGAGAAGCUGAAUGCUUUCAAGGAGAUCAUGUGGCUGAAUCUCUCCAAGAUCUUCCGCCGCCUCUCGCACGACCCCAACGUCCGCGCCGUGGUCCUCACGGGCGCAGGCCCCCGCGCCUUCACCGCCGGCCUCGACGUGCAAGCCGCAUCCGAAGGCAGCACGCUGGGCCCCGCCGCCGCAGGCACGCCUCGGGACGUCGCGCGGUCCGCUGUCGGAAUCCGGCGGCACGUGCUCGAGUUCCAGGACUGCAUCACGGACGUGGAGAAGUGCGAGAAGCCUGUGAUUGCGGUGCUGCACGGCGUGGCGUUUGGGCUUGCGCUGGAUAUGAGCCUUGCGUGCGACAUUAGGCUCAGUACGAGGGACGCAAGGAUCUCGAUUAAGGAGGUGGAUAUUGGGAUUGCGGCGGAUAUCGGGACGUUGUCGAGGUUGCCGCAUGCGGUGGGCAAUGCGUCGUGGGUUAAGGAGGUGUGCUUGACGGCGAGGAUCUUCGGUGCGGAGGAGGCGCAGCAGGUUGGGCUUGUGUCGGGCGUGUAUAAGGAUAAGGAGGAGGCGGUGGCGAGGGGUCUGGAUAUCGCGAAGCUGAUUGCUACGAAGAGUCCUGUUGCGACGAUGGGCACCAAAGAGAUCUUGAAUUACUCGAGGGAUAGGACUGUCAGUGAUGGGUUGCAGUAUACGGCCAUCUGGAACAGCUCGAUGAUACAGACGCAGGAUGUCAAGGAUGCUAUGUUGAGUGGGCUGCAGAAGACGAAACCUAAGUUCGCGAAGUUGUGA